AUGAAUUCCGUACCCGUAGCUUUGAACAAAGCCGCUAUGCGGAAAUACGAAGAUCUGGAAAUCCCAUGCGAUUCCAUUCUGUCGACUUAUGUUUGGGUGGAUGGGAGCGGAAUAAACUUGCGCUCCAAAGAUAGAACAUUUGAUUUCAUUCCUAAAACACCUAAAGAUUUGCCUGUUUGGUACUUUGACGGAAGCAAUACAUCUCAAGCUAAUUUUGAUAACUCUGAUACGUUUAUUUUCCCCGAAGUGAUUUAUCAUGAUCCCUUCAGACGUGGUAACAAUAUUAUAGUACUGGCGGAUACUUAUCAACAUAACUAUGAACCCACAAGUACAAACCAUCGGAAGAACUGCGUUUUGAUUUGUGAGAAGGGUGAGGUGGAAGAGCCAAUGUUUGGAUUUAACCAAGAGUUUUUCCUGACGACAACUGACGGCAGACCACUAGGCUGGCCGCCGGGGGGGUUUCCUGCGCCUCCUGGACCUUAUUACUGCGCUAUUGGAGCUAAUAAAAUAGUGGCCAGAGAUCUUAUGGAAGCUUUCUUUAGAUGUUGUCUAUUCGCGGGUGUAAAAUUAAAUGGAAUGAAUUCCGGAACAACUCCUUCACAAUGGAAUUUCCAGGUGGGCCCGAGCCCAGGUAUCCGCGCAGCGGAUGAUUUGUGGAUGGCGCGGUACAUCCUAUCUCGUCUUGCGGAAGAGUACGGCACUGUCGCUACAUUCGACGCUCAGCCUGUACCUGACUGGCCAGGGAAUGGGACCUUUGUGUACUUCUCUACUAAAGAUAUGAGAGAAGAUGAUGGUAUUCUCGUGAUCGAGCGUGCGAUUGACAAAUUGUCGCGUCGCCACGGGGUUCAUAUAAAUGAGUACGACGCACACAACGGCGCCGAUAAUGCGCUACGGCUGACGGGGAAGAACGGAAUGCCACAUCUACGCGACUUCACCGCAGGUGUGGCCAACCGAAGUUGUUCAGUGCGCAUUCCACGCCAGGUGUCUGAAGACAAGCGCGGUUACUUGGAGGACCGCAGACCGGCCGCCAACGCCGACCCCUACAGGGUCAUAACUAUAAUGCUCAGGACAUGUGUUUUUGAUGAAUAAUAUGUUUUGAUGUCACCAAUUAUUGUUGUCAUAUGAU